AUGUCUGACUUCAAACCUCAUGAUAAUGAUUCCAUGCUCAUAAAUUAUGAUAUUGGAGCACCUCAGCACACAUCAACCCCUCUGCCCAAGAGACGAGGUGUGUCAUCCCUCACACUGCCAGUUGCUGACACCCACCACCAUGUGCCAACUCUCUCCAGCCUCCACCCGAUGGCAUCUCCCACAUACCUCCAGGCAACCUGCUUCUCCAGCCCCUACAGUUUCUUCCCUCCCUGCUCCACCAGGUACUACACUCCCAGCUUCAGACCAGGCUCCUACAUGGCUUCUAGGUGCACCCUACCAUCGAGCUCACCAUUCCUGCCACUGAGUCCACCAUUUCUGCCACCAAGCAUUUUUAGCCCAACCUUUCCCCCAACACAGUCGUUGGAGGUUUCUAGUGUACCACUGAGUCCAUGCUUUCUACCUUCCACCCAAACAAGGACAUUUCCCAGUCGAUCAAGUUCAAUUUUGUCCAUUCAGAAAGUAUCGGAUCCUAGCCACCCUGUCGUGUCGACACCUACCGAAGCACCAGUCACACCUCCGUGUCAUCUUUUCAAAUCCCUAGACGCCAGUCCAGUCACGGAGACUCGGCCAUUUGACUUUCAGACGCCACCUUGCAGGAGACCAAACAUAGGUAAAGCUGUUGAUGAUAUCAUCUCCAUGACCCUUGGAAAAGAUCCAGCAACGACGACUACCGACAGCAUCUCCGACCGCCAAUUAGCUCUUGAGAAUAGACUUCAGUCACUCCAGUCAAGGUUCCCAGCAGAGAUCAAGGAGCUAUCCAGCUUCCUUGCCUUCCAUUCGUCAUCUAUUCAGAAGGAACAUCUGCAGUGUCUUCAAGAUGGUUUCUUCCCCACGGACUACCACAACUGGCUGACCAACAGAUAUACUGACCAGCUCCACCUGGUCUUCACCAGCAUCGAGAGAAGUCUGAACACCCUAGAGAACCAAGACAAGAGGUCCCGUCCUGCCAGCAGAAACCUCAAUCCUGAAUCCAUCAUCUUGAUGGAGACGUGGUACCAUGAGCACCUCAACAACCCCUACCCCACUCAUACAGAAGCAGAGGACAUGGCCAACAAGGGAGGCAUCACACUUUCUCAGCUCCGAAAGUGGUUUGCAAAUAAGAGACACAGGACCAGGAGACCCCGAUCUGUCAAAGCCAGAGCUGCUUCCAAGCAUUGUGAGGAGUUCCUGUCUGGCAUAUUCCAGUUGUGA